AUCACCACCCACGCUGUGCUGAGUGUGGGGUCCCAGUAGCAGGAGGAACAGCACACAGAGAAAUGGCAGCUGAGGUCCCUGGUGGCCGGGGCAUCUGCUCCACCAUCCCUACCCAGGGCUGUGGAAAGACACCUGGCAAGGACACACCUGCCCCGAGAAGGCCUGGAAAGAUGGAUAAGCCCUUGAUCAGCCGCCACCUGGUGGACAGCGAUGGGAGCCUUGCAGAGCCCCCCAGUGGGGCCCCUAAAGUGGGCAUCCUGGGCAGCGGGGACUUUGCUCGCUCCCUGGCCACACGCCUGGUGGGAUCUGGCUUCAGCGUGGUGGUGGGGAGCCGCAACCCCAAACGCGCAGCCGGGCUGUUCCCCUCGUCUGCCCAAGUGACCUUCCAGGAGGAGGCGGUGAGCUCUCCAGGGGUCAUCUUUGUGGCUGUGUUUCGGGAGCACUACUCCUUGCUGUGUGGCCUCAGUGACCAGCUAGAUGGUAAGAUCCUGGUGGACGUGAGCAACCCCACAGAACAGGAGCACCUCCAGCGUCGCGAGUCCAAUGCAGAGUACCUGGCCUCGCUUUUCCCCACCUGCACAGUGGUCAAGGCCUUCAAUGUCAUCUCUGCCUGGACCCUGCAGGCCGGCCCGAGGGACGGCAACAGGCAGGUGCCCAUCUGCUGUGACCAGCCAGAAGCCAAGCGCACCGUCUCAGAGAUGGUUCAUGCCAUGGGCUUCAUGCCCGUGGACAUGGGCUCCCUGGCCUCAGCCCGCGAAGUGGAGGCCAUGCCGCUGCGCCUCCUACCAGCCUGGAAGGUGCCCGCACUUCUGGCCCUGGGGCUCUUUGUGUGUUUCUUUGCCUACAACUUCACCCGAGAUGUGCUGCACCCCUACAUUCGGGAGGACAAGAACAAAUUCUACAAGCUGCCUGUGUCCAUAGUCAACACUACCCUGCCGUGCGUGGCCUACGUGCUGCUGUCACUGGUGUACUUGCCCGGUGUGCUGGCGGCUGCCCUGCAGCUGCAGCGGGGCACCAAGUACCGCCGCUUCCCCGACUGGCUGGACCACUGGCUGCAGCACCGCAAGCAGAUCGGGCUGCUCAGCUUCUUCUGCGCUGCGCUGCAUGCACUCUACAGCUUCUGCCUGCCGCUGCGCCGCUCCCACCGCUACGAGUUGGUCAACCUGGCCGUCAAGCAGGUCUUGGCCAACAAGAGCCACCUCUGGGUGGAGGAGGAAGUCUGGCGCAUGGAAAUCUACCUCUCACUGGGAGUGCUGGCCCUUGGAACACUGUCCCUGCUGGCCGUCACCUCACUGCCAUCCAUUGCAAACACACUCAACUGGAGGGAGUUCAGCUUUGUGCAGUCCACACUGGGCUUUGUGGCCCUGGUGCUGAGCACGCUGCACACGCUCACAUAUGGCUGGACCCGUGCCUUCGAGGAGAGCCGCUACAAGUUCUACCUGCCACCCACCUUCACCCUCACACUGCUGGUGCCCUGCCUUGUCAUCCUGGCCAAGGGCCUGUUCCUGCUGCCCUGCUUCAGCCGCAGACUCUCCAAGAUCCGAAGAGGCUGGGAGAAAGAUGGUGGGGUCAAGUUCAUGCUACCAGUGGACUCCGUCCUAGCAGAAAAAACGAGCCACGUGUAAGGCACCUGUGCCCAGCGCCCCAAACCAGGUGCAGAGGGCUUAGCCCUGAGUCAUGGUCGGUAUUCUUCUCUGGAUGGUGCAGAGCAGGGUCAGUGUGCACACAGGUUGUUCAAGGCUGGACUUCCUCAUAUGAAAAUAUGCCCAGUAAUAUCCAGAAUGAUGCACACAUGGAUGCAAUGUAUGUACAUAUGUUUCAUACAUAUAUAUAUAUAUAUAUAUAUAUAUAUAUAUAUAUAUAAAACAGAACUUGUGGUUAUACUUACUUAGCUAAAAGUUGGGUGCCUGAGAUUUCAACUUGUUGAUUUAAAAGCAAGUGCCAGAUGCUGGGCAGGGAGCGCGCUGCUGUGGCUUUUGCAGAGAUAGCGACUCACUUUUGCACAGAACGGGCUGCUGGACCUGGUCCUUCGUCACCUCCUCCGCAUCCCUUGUGCCGCUUUCCCAAGGCUCACAGUGCCCACAGGUUGCGACUAAGUGGCAGGGAAGCUGACAGCUCUGCUGCUGCCCACCCAGGCCGCUCGGACUGAAUUGACGCUAGUUCCCAGGGGGUGGGGAGCUGGUUCUUCCAGUCCCCUGGGCAGCCACAGGAGGCCCAGUGGAGAGUGAUAUAGGGGUGAGCCUGGAGUCUGUGCCAGGGGCCACUGAAGGGCGGCCUCUUUCCAGGUAGUUUUAUUUCCAGAUGGGAGUUAGGGACUGAAGCUGGUUCACCCCAUCUUCCUUUCUGAGCUGGGGAGAAUUUUGUCCCCCGUCCCCAAAGUCAGGAAUCACCACGAAGCCUGCAAAUGGAUCCUCCUGUGCGGGUGUGAAGUCACCUCCUCCCUGGGUCCGCUAAUGAGCCUGCUUGAGAACAAGUGUAAUUGCUCUUCUGCCAUUGAGUUGGCGGUGAGAAAUGCUUAAGUCGCUGUGCCUUCUCACCUUUUCCCUGUUAUUCUGGAUGUCUCCCCAGAAGGUGGGGAGUGGUGCCUUCACCAUAAGCCCCAGGUGCACAGCUGCACCCUUACUUGGCCUUGAGGGGCUGAGGACUGUCUUUACUAGGCCAGUCCUGAGGAUAGAUCUCAGGGUAACAGGGAGCCCUUCAGCUGUCCUCUGCUGCCUCUGACCACCCAGCAAACAACACGGACUCCAAGCUUCUCCCCAGGGGUACAUCAGUCUCCCCCUUAGCCACAGUUUUGUCUUCCUCAGUUUCAGUUACCCAAAAUCAACUGUAGUCUUGAAAACAUCACUAUUUGUCCUGACCCUUUGAAGAGAGACACAAUGUCCACAUAUUUUAUUAUCAUAUAUUGCUACAACUGUCGUCGUUUACUAGUCACUAGUCUUGUUCUGUGUCUAAUCUAUUAAUUAACCCUUAUCAUAGGUCUGUAUGUUUAGGAAAACUAGAGCACCUACAUUCAGGGCCCAGUAGUAGUCAAGGUUGCAGGCCACCAAUGGGGAUCCUGAAUAAGGAGCAAUGAAGGAGGAGACUGCCUCGUUACGUUUCCAAACAGCUGGGAGGGCCUUUUCUGCCAAAGGCAUGAGUGGAAAACACUGCUGCUCCAAAGCACAAGAACGCAGACCACAGCCAGGGCCACAGCACUCCGUCCUCAGUCGCAGGACACCCGUCACUGAUUCAUGUUGCAUGUGGAUAAGCAGCAAUAUUCCACUCAAGACCUGACCCCCACAGGACCAGGGUGAUCCACGACCAAGAAUUCAUCUGUGAAUGCACAGGUCUCGGGGGGACUUUUCGGGGGUCAGGAGGUGUCCUCUGAUAGAACGAGACACUGAGCUGGCAAAGGCCAGGCAGAGUGGGGAAAAGGCAGUGCCGUGCCGGCCCCAGGAGUGCUCCAUGCACUUGUGUCUCCUGAGAACAAUGGGCCCCUUCCGAGGAAGGAGGAAGCCUGGUGCAGAGCCCCUCAUUAGGCCCAGGACUGACAGGAAAAGGCCCUCACUUUGUAGGUGUUUCCAGCUGCAACUCCCAGCUGGGGGCAGGGCUUAUCGUGAGGCAUAAAUUAGCCCUGUUGGGAGCACCAGCCAUGGGCUAUGAGAAACUUACUGAAAGGCAAAAAGGGAGGCAGAUAACUCCAGCAUUUGCCUGGCAUAAUGAGGGCACAUGGAUUCCCUGCUGAUGGAAGGAACAGAUAUACCCCCCACACACAGAGAGAUCCCACCCCCAGUGGGUGUUGGCUGCCACCUUCUCUAGCCUUCCCUGCUCAGGGAUGGUUCCUUAUACCAAAGAGGCCAACACAGAGUGAAGGCCAGGGUACUUCCUUCCCAUCCACCCCCUGCUGAAGCGUUCAUCAGGGCAGCAGUGAUUCCAGGCAGGAGGGAGCAGGUAGAGCAGAGGACCUGUCACUGGCCAAUAGACAAAGGCAGGUGCUCCCUGCACCUGGCCUUAACCCUGUGUCUCCUGCUGUUCCUCCCUACCUCACCGGGCAGCUGCAACACCAUCCUCAAGACAGAGAGUCACCCCCUACAGCCUGGCGAAGUCUAGCUGCCUCUGGGUACAAAAGUGCCUCAACCCACGUACUCUGGGAUCCUAAAUGCCACAGUCGGAAGUUGGCUUGUAAAACCCUACGCCGUUGAAAGAAUCCAUGUGUUUUAUUCCUACCUUGUAGAACUUGUCCAAGAAGCAGCAAAAAUAAACACAUAACCUGCCAUAAAUUUCAGGCUUUUAUUUAUGGCGCAGGCACCAUGUGCCCGAGGGUUCCGUGCCUCCUGAUGGAGCGAGCUCUCGGUGCAGUAGCAUGCAGUGUUAGGCAACGAUCUCUGUGAUGUCCAGCCACUAAGGAAUGGCAGGCAUGCAGACUACAGUGACAGGCCAGUGGGGGAAAGGGGCGGGGUCAGGAGACUCAGUCCGAGCUGGAGAUGACAGGAGCCCAGCCAGUGAGGCAGCACAGAGGCGCCCGGAGUGCCCUGAAGGCUGAGGCUGAGCAGGCAGGACAAUGGUGCUCUUCACACCAUACGUGCCUCUGAGUCACGUGACAGCGUGGCUCGUAUGCGUGCUCUGAUGCACGGGUCUGGGAGGAGGCCUUAGACUGCUCAACUCUGACAAGCUCCUGACUGACACUACUGAUGACCUUGGACACGCUGAGGAACCAGCACUUGGUUGGCUCCUUUGCGUCUGCUGUGCGUAGUCUGUGGCACACAAGCCAGCACGUGCACGCACACACACACACACGGGUCUUGGCCCCUUCCCCAAGCCCCCAUCCCGCAGGUGCCCCUGGCCCAAUAUUCUUGUGCAUUGAGCUGUUCUCAUGAAGGCAAAGUGAAAAGGACCCUGACCCCAGGCGCAAAGCCUUGCACUGUGUGCCACAUGGACAGCGCCCCUGGGGUACAGCCAUGUCCAUCCGGAGACCACUUCCCUGUCACUGCAGCCAAGCUUUCAAAAGAGGCAUCAGAUGCUCUUUAGUUGGAUGCAGGAAAAUAAGCAAACUUAUGGCAGUCUAGUGGCUAAAAACUAUUUCUAGAGAACAAUAACCUAAAAAUGCCAUCGCCGCUGUAGAUCCCUUGUAAGAGCUUUCCAUAGAAAGACCCAUGGCCAGGAAAUAACAGAGUAAGAAAAGUCUUGGGUUUGGGAUUUGCUUUCCUUCUCCUCUGUCCUCUCACACUUAAUGCUAGAAGCAUGAAGCUCACAAACAAUAAUAAAAUCGAUGGAAAAUACCCCUGCUCAGCCCAUGUAAGAACUCGGGAAUGACCAAAAUAACUCAUUAGGAAUUACCAGCCAGCUGCUUGGAAAGCUGGAUGUUUUCAGAAGCAGUGGAGCUGCCCCUGGGAAGGGCAGCGCUUUGUGGCUGGAUCGCUUCCUGGCCUCUGGACCAAGAGGAAAUUGGCACCAGCAGGGCAGAAAUCCUCAGUCUCAUCAGACCAGCACUGACCCUCAAUGUAAGAAAAUAUAUUGAAAAUCACUGUUAAAUUAAAUUCAAUAAAAUUCAGAAACAAUACAACCUACCUGUGAAUAUGAUUUUUUAAUCAAAUGGUCUUAAUUGAAAAAUAGGUAGCAAGUGAAGGUUAUUUAUAUUAACAUAAGUAAUAGUAAUAAUAAUACACCAAAUAAUGAAACUGAUUUUAAGAUAAAUGCAUAUUUACAUAUUCAAGUAAACAUUAUUAAUCAGCCUAGUGAACUGACUCUUUCUGUCUCUGUCUGUUUCUC